AUGAAUCCCUUUGACUCCUUUCCGACCCCCAGCACCUCCCCACGAAGCUUCUCCUCCACUCCUCGCUAUUUAUCCUCCGCAGACGCCGUUUUCCAAGAUCCAUUCCGAGACACUCAACACAGUCCACCACGCACGUGCAGCAGCAGCAGCGCCCGAGAAUCCCAUUCCCAUCGACGGAGAAGAAGAAGUGAAGAAACAAUGGUGAUGGCAGCGGCGGAGCGGCGGGACGCGGAGGCGGAGCUGAACCUGCCGCCGGGGUUCCGGUUCCACCCGACGGACGAGGAGCUGGUGGCGGACUACCUCUGCGCGCGCGCGGCCGGCCGCGCGCCGCCGGUGCCCAUCAUCGCCGAGCUCGACCUCUACCGGUUCGACCCGUGGGAGCUCCCGGAGCGGGCGCUCUUCGGGGCGCGGGAGUGGUACUUCUUCACGCCGCGGGACCGCAAGUACCCCAACGGCUCCCGCCCCAACCGGGCCGCCGGGGGCGGCUACUGGAAGGCCACCGGCGCCGACAGGCCCGUGGCGCGCGCGGGCAGGACCGUCGGGAUCAAGAAGGCGCUCGUCUUCUACCACGGCAGGCCGUCGGCGGGGGUCAAGACGGACUGGAUCAUGCACGAGUACCGCCUCGCCGGCGCCGACGGACGCGCCGCCAAGAACGGCGGCACGCUCAGGCUUGACGACUGGGUGCUCUGCCGCCUAUACAACAAGAAGAACCAGUGGGAGAAGAUGCAGCGGCAGCGGCAGGAGGAGGAGGCGGCGGCCAAGGCUGCGGCGUCACAGUCGGUCUCCUGGGGUGAGACGCGGACGCCGGAGUCCGACGUCGACAACGAUCCGUUCCCGGAGCUGGACUCGCUGCCGGAGUUCCAGACGGCAAACGCGGCAAUACUGCCCAAGGAGGAGGUGCAGGAGCUGGGCAACGACGACUGGCUCAUGGGGAUCAGCCUAGACGACCUGCAGGGCCCCGGCUCCCUGAUGCUGCCCUGGGACGACUCCUACGCCGCCUCGUUCCUGUCGCCGGUGGCCACGAUGAAGAUGGAGCAGGACGUCAGCCCAUUCUUCUUCUGAGCUCUCAAUACUCUCACGGUCGCACUGUUGUGUGCGGCGUAACUGUAGAUAGUUCACAUUUAUUCAGGAUUUAUUUGUAACGUUGCUUCUUUUAUACGUAUGAUACUCUCUUGGUUUCUAAAUAUAAGUCUUUUAGAGAUUUUAUAGUA